AUGGCCACGCCAACAGGUGCUGCCAGCAGCGGGCCCGUCGUGCCGAACCGCAGCUUCCAGGGCAACGACGCGGAGCCCAAGGCCCUCCGGGGCGCCGCCUGGGUCGACGACGCAACCACGGCCGACGAGAAGGCGGGCCAGGGGACGUUUUACCGCGAAGGCACGCCGCCGCCGCUGGAAGACGACGAGUACGCACGCACCGUCCUGAGCCCUCACCCGGGUCGUCCCCACGACGGCGGCGCCCUGUCGUACGACUACCGAUACGACCACGUGGCUCCGCCCGCGCCGAUUCCCCGGAUUCCCCGCGCGACGGCGUGCGGCAUGCCCAGGAGGCUGUUGUGGAUGGCGGCGGGCCUGACGGCGCUCCUGACGCUCGCCGUGGCCGGGGUAGGCAUCGGCGUGGGGGUGGGCUUGAAGCACAGUCCGACGACGACGAAGACGGCAGACGGGAGCUCCCCCUCGGAGGCUGCUACGAGCUCGCCGACGCCGUCAGCCGCCCCGCCGGCAGUGCCGUCCUGCCCCGCGGCAAACGGCACGACGCACGAGGUGGUGCAGGUGCGGAAGACGUUCCUCCGCGUCUGCGGCGUCGACUACAGCCCCGACGGCGGGGAAGCCGUCAGCCUGGGGGUGGUGUGGACGGCCAGCAUGGAGGAUUGCAUGAUGAGCUGCGCGGGGUAUCCGAACUGCACGGGGUGCGGCUGGGGGCUGGUGCCGGGAGACGCCGGCAGCGACCACCGGUGCUGGCUGUGGAGCAAUCUGCGGAGCGCGCACGUUGUGCGGAGCGGGUGGGAUUUCGCGGUGCUGCUGUGA